AUGGCGCCGAUGCCGUCGCCGCAGGCUGCGUCCCCAGGCUCAGCUUCGGCUGACUCGCGGGAAAAAACAGGCUCUUGUGUUUCUGAUGAGAAUCCUGUGUCGAAUGGAACUGCCGCGUCCUCCGCACCCACGCUGUUCGGCUGUACGUACACCACAGAUUCGAGUCGCCCUCCGGCAGUGGCGACCGACGCCGUUCUGGUCGUUUCCUCUCCGACUCCGGACGACGCGUUGGUAGUGCAGGGGAUCGAUUUCGAGAAGUGUCGAGACCUCGAUUCGUUGCUGAACAGCUUUGAAGGGAGCGGCUUUCAAGCCACGCAGCUUGGACGUGCCAUCCGGGAAGUGAAGCGCAUGCGCGCGUGGCGCCUCUCGGACGAUCCGAUCGACGAAUCGGACGUUGGGACGGAGUGGGAAGACAUGGAAAAGCGGAAGAACACAAAGUGCACCAUCUGGCUGUCUUUCACAUCGAAUAUGAUUUCCUCUGGUCUUCGCGAAGUCUUUGUUUUUCUGUGUAAACACAAACUCAUUGACGUCCUUGUCACUUCCGCAGGCGGUGUCGAGGAAGAUUUUGUCAAGUGUCUCGCGCCGACGAUUGUGGGCGACUUCUAUCUGAAGGGCGAAGAUUUGCGAGCAAAGGGGUGGAACAGAAUUGGAAACCUGCUGGUCCCCAAUUCGAACUACUGCCACUUUGAGGACUGGAUUCAACCGAUUUUUGACAAAAUGAUACAGGAGCAGAACGCGAAAAUCCAGGCGAACGCGGGCUCUCCCGGCUUCUGCGUCGCAGACGCGGUGUGGACGCCGUCCUCGAUGAUCAAACGGCUCGGUGAGGAAAUCAACGACGAAAGAAGUGUGCUGUACUGGUGUGCGAAAAACGACAUUCCGGUCUUUUGUCCGGGUCUCACAGAUGGGUCGUUAGGAGACAACCUGUACUUCCACAGUUAUCGAAACAAAGGCUUGAUCGUCGACAUCGUUCAGGACGUCCGUAACAUCAAUGACAUCGCCACGAAAUGCAAAAAAUCCGGCAUGAUCAUUCUCGGGGGAGGGCUCCCCAAACACCACACAUGCAAUGCAAAUCUCAUGCGAAACGGAGCUGACUUCGCCGUGUACAUCAACUCUGGAGCUGAAUUCGACGGGAGUGACUCCGGUGCUCGACCUGACGAGGCUGUUAGCUGGGGAAAAAUCACGUGUGAGGCGAAACCCGUGAAGGUUCAUGGUGACGCGACCGUCCUGUUUCCCCUGGUGGUUGCGGCGACGUUUGCUAAAGAGUUCCAUGAAAAGCAGAAACAGCUUUAA